AUGGCUGUAACUUCCAAUUCAGCAUCAGAUUCAGACAUAUCCAAGCUCUUCAAGCCCAUAUACCUGAAAGAAGUGCCUCGCCUGAGUAACUAUGUCCCAAACCUCCAAACACGCCCUAACCCACUCGACCACAACCCCUACUUUGACACCCACCAACUACAACAAGACGGCUUCUACCUUACUCAAUCCGACCUCGUACUCCGCCAGAUCGAAAACGACCCCUCUCCCUUGCCCCGCUUCGCCUACCACCGUGCCGGUCCCCGCAAACACAUCCGCUUCGAACCUUCCGAUGUUCGCGUCGCCAUUGUCACCUGCGGAGGUCUAUGCCCCGGCCUUAACACCGUCAUCAGAGAGCUUGUUGUGGGUUUGUGGCACCUCUAUGGCGUCCGUCAUAUUCUGGGUGUCACCGCUGGGUACAGGGGAUUUUACUCCACGGAGCCACUCCCCCUCAACCCCAAACUUGUUCACCAUUGGCACGACGUGGGUGGCACACUCCUCCAGACAUCCAGAGGCGGUUUUGACCUCAAUCGAAUCGUCGAUGCCAUCCAAAAUCACGCCUUCAACCAGGUGUACAUUAUAGGAGGAGAUGGGACUAUGAAAGGAGCAGUGAAGAUAUAUGAUGAAAUACGGAGUCGCAAACUGGAAGUUGCGGUCGUUGGAAUUCCUAAAACCGUGGAUAAUGAUGUGGGAAUAAUUGACAAAUCUUUUGGGUUCCAAACAGCAGUUGAAAUGGCUCAGCAAGCAAUCAGUGCUGCCCAUGUGGAGGCGGAGAGUGCAGUGAACGGCAUAGGCCUGGUCAAGUUGAUGGGUCGAAGCACAGGCCACAUUGCUCUACAUGCAACACUCAGCAGCCGCGAUGUUGAUUGCUGCCUAAUUCCCGAAAUAGAUUUCUACUUGGAAGGGAAAGGAGGGCUCUUUGAGUUUCUUGGCCAGAGACUCAAGGAAAAUGGACACGCAGUGCUUGUAGUUGCCGAGGGUGCUGGCCAGGACAUAAUACCCAGAACUGAUUCACAAAAGGAAGAAAGAGAUGAAUCAGGGAACUUGGUCUUCUUAGAUGUUGGUGAAUGGUUGAAGACAGAGCUAAAGCAUUGGUGGGCUAGAGAACACCCCCAUGAGUUAUUUACAGUGAAGUACAUUGAUCCUACCUACAUGAUUCGUGCAGUCCAUGCAAAUGCCGCUGAUAACUUGUAUUGUACACUCCUAGCACACUCUGCAAUUCACGGUGUUAUGGCAGGGUAUACUGGAUUUGUAACGGGCCCUAUUAAUGGAAACUAUGCAUACAUUCCAUUGGAGGAUGUAGCACAAGCAAAAAACCCGGUUGAUACCAAAGAUCAUAAGUGGUCGUGGGUGAGAUCUGUCACCAACCAGCCUGAUUUUGUAAGGAGGAGUGUUCAGCGCGAGCGGGCAGAAAAUGCUUGGGAUUUGACUCGGAGGGAGGGUUUCCUUUCAGGGAAAAACGCGGGCAAUAUGGAAGAACCAAUGAAGGGUGGCCACCAAGGAGGACCUCCUAGUGCCACGUGA